CUCAUUUUCUCACAUGGCUGCCUCCGCUGCUCCAGCAUUGCUCACCCUCGCCAUCCGCGGCACGCAGGGCGUCCAGCUGCUCCACGGCCCUCCUCAAGCCGGCACUCCCGUCCCCGGCUUCCCUGCGGAAUCGUCCAACGCGUGCCGCUCGAUGGGCUUCUCCAAGGACGGAUCCUUGUUCGCGUGGACGAACAGCACAGGCGUGACGAUCGUCCCGGUGGGUUCGAAUCAAGCCCAGCCAGUCUGCGUCCUGCCGCGCCCAAACACCCUCAGCGUCCUCUUUUCGCCGCGCAACACCUUCGUCGCGCUGUGGGAGCGUUAUUUCACUCGAGUUGAAGGCCAAGAGGGCGAACCCAACCUGACGAUCUGGUCGAUUGCAAAUGGCGAGAUGCUUGCUUCCUUCAUUGCCAAAUCGAUUGACAACUGGCAACCGCAAUGGUCGGACGACGAAUCACUGUUUGCUCGCAACGUGACCAAUGAAGUGCAGUUCUACGAAGGUCGCAACUUUGGCACGAUCGCCCAACGACUUCGCGUUCCCGGUUUGGCUGGCUUUGCGCUUUCGCCCGGUCAGGCCCCGUACCGCCUGACCAUUUACGUUCCAGCCAUCAAGGGCAGCGCCGCGUACGUUCGCAUGUUCCAGUACCCAAUGUUCGAGGGCCCCAACACCUGUCUUGCCAACAAGAGCUUCUUCCGCUCGGACAAGGUGAACAUGUCCUGGAACAGCACUGGCACUGCCGUGCUCGUUAGCACCGUCACUGACGUGGAUAAGAACGACAAGUCGUACUACGGCGAAACCAACCUCUACUUUAUCAGCGCAAAGGGCGAUUAUGAUUGCAACGUGCCGCUUGCCAAGGAAGGCCCAAUCUACGAUGUUACCUGGAGCCCUAACGGACGCGAGUUUGUUGUCGUCUACGGCUUCAUGCCCGCCAAAGCCACCUUGUACGACUACCGCUGCGAACCCAUCUUUGACUUUGGUACCGGCCCACGCAACACGGUGCGCUUCUCGCCCCAAGGACACAUUCUCUGCAUUGCCGGCUUUGGCAACUUGCGCGGCUACAUGGAAAUGUGGGAUCGCAAGAAUCUCAAAAUGGUGUGCAAGCCCCAAGCUGCCGACUCGACCAGCUUUGAGUGGAUGCCUGAUGGCGAGCACAUCUUGACAGCCACCACCGCGCCUCGUCUGCGCGUUGGCAAUCAGUUCAAGAUUACGCACUACACUGGGACGCUUGUGCUCCAGCAAGACUUCCAAGAGCUUUGGGAGGUCAAGGCCCGCCCGUUCUCACCAAACCCCUUCCCGGCCAAGGCUGUGGUUGCUCCUCUGCCCGCAUCAGAUAGUGCAUCGACCUCCGCACCACCAAAGGCCGCUUACAUUCCUCCCCAUUUGCGUGGAAAGGUGAAUGCCCAGCCUGCUUUCAAGCUGCACGACGAGGAUGAGGCACCCAAAGACUUGAGCAAGCCAGCUUCUGAGGCGGUUGAUGCCUCCAAGCUGUCCAAAGCCGCCCUCAAGAACAAGAAGAAGCGCGAGUCGAAGGCCAAGAACAAGGCGGGCGAUGGUGCUGAGGAUGACGAGGAGACCGCUGCUGAAGCAACUGCUGCGCCUGCACCCGCACCUGCUCCUGAGGUGGCCGCCGCGCCCGUUGCCGCAGCCGCAGCACCGGUCUCCACCAGCGAUCUCUCCGAGACCGAGAAGAAAAUCCGCAACUUGGUCAAGAAGCUCCGUGCCGUUGAGGACUUGAAAGCUGCUCAGGCGGCAGGCAAGAAGCUCGAGUUGAAUCAGUUGGAAAAGCUCGGCACUGAAGCCGCUCUCCGCGCCGAGAUUGCGGCCCUUGAGAAGAAGAAGUGAUUCUGCUCGCGCUGCUGUCGUCUGCUUGAGGCGAUUUGUCUUGUUCAUGCAAGAGCCUUUUUGCUCUCUGUUGCCUUUAAUCGCGUCAUCAUGCUUUGAGAAUGGAUGAGAGUCAACAAAAGCCGUGAGCCCA